GCAGCGACUCGGAUUCUUUGACGGCCAAGGGAACAGCAUCAAAGAACGUCGACCAAAAUGGCAUCGAUCGAAAUUGAAGCGACAACUUGGCGCCGUGUCGAGGUCGGCCGUGUUCUCAAGCUCGAGAACGGCGGCCUCGCCACGAUCGUCGAGAUCGUCGAUCACAAGCGCGUUCUCGUCGAUGGCCCCUCCGCAGACCCCAAGCUCGCGACUCCCCGCAGCGUCGUCCAGCUCUCCCGUGCCCUGCUCACGCCGAUCGUGAUCGAGAAGCUCCCCCGGGGCGCCCGGACGGGCGCCGUCAAGAAGGCUUGGGAGGCCGCCGGUGUCGACGCUAAGUGGCGCGAGAGCAACUGGGCCAAGAAGCAGCUGCAGCAGGAGCGCCGCCAGUCACUCACCGACUUCGACCGGUUCAAGGUUAUGCGGUUGAAGAAGCAGAGGCGGUUCGAGGAGCGCAAGGCUCUGGCCAAGAUCAAGGCUGCGGCAUAGAGAGGCGGGUUCGAUGCGUUAGAGUGGGGGAGCGUUUGGUUCGACUAUGGCUUUUCUGGGGGACUGAGGAAGGUAUUCUGGAACGGGCUGCAUGAACAUCAGCAAUAAGGGCUGCUGGAGUUUAUCUUUGCGUCGCUUUCGGAAGACCUCUAUGUCACAUCAUCAAGGGUGACCGGCGUCAUAUGGGAAUGCGAAAUUGAGACAAAAACACAACAACACCCAACGGGCUGUUGCCCAUGCCACAAGACAACGGCGCCAUAUGGCGGCGCCAGUCUGUGAGCUACUACUAUCGGAAGUACAAAACCCCGGAAAUGCCAUACUGGCAAAUGCUUCCCUGCUAUAUCCGUCUUGGUCGAAAUCUCGCAGUCUUCGUUCCUCAGUG